UGAUAAAAUUAAACCACUCGUCAACAAUACGAAAUUUGUGUUUGAGUGCUGGAACUAGAAUCAAAGUCAAAGAUUUCUUGAUAUGGCACUGAAUGACUGAUGAAAAAGUGAUGAUGAUUGGCUAAAAAAAAUAAAAGAAAAAGAAAGGUUGAAAAUUAGUAAAUUACUCAGAAGUCUGAGACUCUGAAAAAGAUGGCCAAGAGCACAGAGCUGUGGGUGAAUGACAAGCUGCAUGACAUCCUGGGGAUAGCUGACAAAUACAUAGCUCAGUACUUUGUGGGGCUGGCCACCAAGUCUGAGAGCCCAGCUGACUUGCUCAAGAAACUGCAAGACACUGGCACCCUAGAUGUCGAUGACAACAUUGUUGCAUUUGCUAAAGAGCUUUUUGACAAAGUCCCCCACAAACAGAAGCCAGAGAAACAGUUAACCCAGGAACAACAGAAGACCAGAGAACUGGAGGAGAAGAAUAAAAGCUACCAGCUGUUGGAUGAUGACGAUGAUGAUGAUGAUGAGGUGGAGCCGCAAACUUUUAAGGUCCCAAAAAGUGGCUCCCAUGCCAACAGACAGCUGAGAAGGAAACUGUCCUCAUCUGAGAGUAGUGAAGAGGAAACAGUCAUGGAUCAAGACGAUGACGAUGAUGAUGAUGACUCUAAUGCAAGCAGUGAUGACUCUGACCCAGAUCACGAGCGUAAAAAAGAUCUACAGGAGAGGGAUGAAUUUGCCAAGAGACUUCGAGACAAAGACAAGGAGAAGACAAGAAGUGUCAUGUCCAAGUCAGACAAAAAGGCAUUUGAAGAAGCCAAGAAAAGAUUGAAGCUGGAACAAGAGGAUAGAAAGAAAAUAAUUCCGGAGUUGAGGAAAAAAUCUCGGAGAGAAUAUCUAAAGAAAAGACAAGCAGACAAACUGGAGGAUCUAGAGGCUGAUAUAGCAGAGGAGGAAUAUUUCUUUGGACAGUCAAAGCUGACCAAGAGAGAGCUGAAAGACCUGGAGUACAAGAAAACUGUCCUGAAGCUAGCUAAGGAACACAAAGCUGCAGGUGAGAUAGAGAAGAUUGACAGGUACUACAUCCCACGUGAGGACGUCAAGCCACAGGACAAGUACGUGGAGGACAAGUCUGAGAAGCGCCAUGGCUCAGAGCAGGCCAGGUGGGAGGAGGAACACCUGAACGCUGCCCUGCUCAAGUUUGGUGCCAGGGACGCCAAGGAGAAGAAGAAGACCAAGGACUACGAUGUGAUCAUGGACGAGGAGAUUGAGUUUGUGCAAGCUCUCAAGAUGCCAGGAACCAUGAAAGAUAAGGAGAAGUCUGUGAAGGAGGAGAAGAAGAUGUCCAUCUCUGAGACCAAGAAGAGCCUCCCCAUCUACCCCUUUAAGAAAGAUUUGAUCCAGGCUGUCAGGGACCACCAGGUGCUCAUCAUUGAGGGGGAGACUGGCUCAGGCAAGACCACCCAGAUCCCACAGUACCUGCAUGAAGCUGGCUUCACCGCAAACGGCAUGAAAGUUGGCUGCACACAGCCGCGUAGGGUGGCUGCCAUGUCUGUGUCGGCCCGUGUGGCUGAAGAAAUGGGCUGGAAGCUUGGCAAUGAGGUGGGCUACAGCAUCAGGUUUGAGGACUGCACCUCAGAGAGAACUAUCCUCAAGUACAUGACAGACGGGAUGCUAUUGAGGGAGUUCCUCAGUGAGCCAGACCUGGCCAGCUACAGCGCUGUCAUCAUAGACGAGGCCCACGAGAGAACUCUCCAUACAGACGUCUUGUUUGGCCUGGUCAAAGAUAUUGCCAGAUUUCGUCCAGAUCUCAAACUACUAAUAUCUAGCGCCACGUUGGACGCUCAGAAAUUUUCUGAAUUCUUUGACGACGCUCCGAUAUUUCGUAUCCCUGGCAGGAGGUAUCCAGUGGAUAUUUACUACACAAAAGCACCUGAGGCGGAUUACCUGGAUGCUGCUGUGGUUUCUGUGUUGCAGAUCCACGUGACUCAGCCGUUUGGUGAUAUCCUGGUUUUCCUGACUGGCCAGGAGGAAAUAGAAACAGCCAAUGAGAUGCUACUGGAGAGGACCAGGAAACUGGGAACAAAAAUCAAAGAGCUGAUCGUGCUACCCAUUUAUUCUACACUCCCAUCAGAACUACAAGCCAAAAUUUUUGAGCCAACUCCACCUAAUGCUAGAAAAGUUAUAUUAGCAACCAACAUAGCUGAGACAUCCUUGACCAUUGAUGGGAUUGUGUAUGUGAUAGAUCCUGGUUUCUGUAAGCAGAAGAGCUACAAUCCUCGGACAGGCAUGGAAUCUCUUGUUGUCACCCCUGUUUCUAAAGCAUCAGCCAAUCAGAGGGCAGGCCGAGCAGGGCGUGUCUCAGCAGGGAAGUGUUUCCGCCUGUACACAGCAUGGGCCUACAAAAAUGAGCUGGAGGACAACGCCAUCCCAGAAAUACAGAGGACCAACCUGGGCAAUGUUGUCCUGCUCUUGAAAUCUCUGGGCAUCAAUGACCUUUUGAACUUUGACUUCAUGGACCCUCCACCACACGAGACCCUUGUUUUGGCGCUAGAGCAGUUGUACGCGCUGGGUGCCCUCAACCACAUGGGGGAGCUGACCAAGCUAGGCAGGAGAAUGGCAGAAUUUCCUGUUGACCCCAUGAUGUCCAAGAUGAUUUUGGCCUCAGAGAAGUACAAAUGUUCUAAGGAGGUCAUCACCAUAGCAGCCAUGUUGUCUGUCAACAACGCCAUCUUCUACCGCCCCAAAGAUAAAAUUGUCCACGCCGACACCGCCAGACACAACUUCUUUGUGCCAGGGGGAGAUCACCUGACCCUCCUGAAUGUGUACAACCAGUGGGAGGAGACGGAGUACUCGACACAAUGGUGCUAUGAGAACUACAUCCAGCACAGGUCCAUGAAGCGGGCCAGGGACGUCAGGGAUCAGCUGGAGGGGCUGCUAGAGAGGGUGGAGAUUGACGUCAUGUCCAACACUGGUGACACAGUUGCCAUUAGAAAGGCUAUCACUGCUGGCUACUUCUACCACACUGUCAGACUGACCAAAGGUGGUCAGUACAAGACUGUCAAGUCCCAGCAGACAGUCAUGGUACACCCCAACAGCUGCCUGUUUGAGGAGCACCCUAGGUGGUUGGUCUACCACGAACUUGUCUUCACGACCAAGGAGUUCAUGCGACAGGUGAUUGAGAUAGAAAAUCUGUGGCUGCUGGAGGUGGCUCCACACUAUUACAGGUCUAAAGACUUAGAGGACGGGGCAGGCAAGAAAAUGCCAAAAAAAGUUGGAAAAGCAAAAAACGAAUUAGAAAGAAACUACUGAACAUUGCAAGACAUUGGUACUCCAAGUACAUUCAGAUUUCUUCAGUAGAUCUCAGACUUGAGCAGUAGCUCUAAGUGCAUGGUCAAGCUGACCGGUCACACCUCUGUCAGGUCACACUGACCCCCCCUCUCCAUUGCAAUCAGGUGAGACUGAGCCCACUCUACUGCAGUCAGAUGAGACGGACCAACAACCAGAAUUUGUUGUACAUAACCUUCCCUGUGGCAGCUGCUAUUGAACAGUUGACAUUUUGUAGUCAAAAGAUUUCCUGACUGUUCCAUUGUUGAGUGUAAUCAUAAGAUUUCCUGACUGUUCCAUUGUUGAGUGUAAUCAUAAGAUUUCCUGACUGUUCCAUUGUUGAGUGUAACCAUAAGAUUGUUAAAUUGUUGAUUGUAAGAAUCAUUGGUGUGUUUUAUGCAAAUGUUGUCUACAACAAUGUGAUUAAAAUACUGUUACAAAAAUUAUUUGAAGUUAAGUGACGUCAGUAAAGAAUUCUAAAAAUUGCAAACAAAACCUUAUUCACAUAAAAGAAACAAAAGAAUGUAUUGAUACAAUUCAGCUUUAUU